ACAGCAUCGUCGCGUGCGCACGGCACGUGGACGACUUGCUCCGAACUUUGCCGAUUAUUUUACGAAGUUUGUGAAUUUUAACAGUUGACGUUAUCUGUGCUUUUCGGAUUCUGUGAACUUUUGACUGUCACCGUCGCCGCCAAGAUGGUCCACAUUAAGUUAGCGCUGGUACCAGCGCUGGUGCUGCUGUCUCUGGCUGCAGCUACCCCCCGCAAGACGUACAAGCGUGAAGCGCCCCUGAGCUCGUCGUACCUGCCUCCCUCGCGAGGUGGUGGCGGCCACGGAGGCGGUGGACACGGCGGCGGUGGACAUGGAGGCCACGGAGGUGGCAGGCCAUCAUCCUCAUACGGAGCCCCUAGGCCUUCCAGCAGCUACGGACCUCCCAAACCUAGCUACGGACCACCGAAACCAUCGAACAGCUACGGACCCCCACCAUCAUCUAGUUACGGACCUCCAUCACAAAGCUACGGACCCCCUCCAUCCAAGCCUUCCAGCUCCUAUGGACCCCCUCCAUCAAAGCCAUCAAGCUCUUACGGCCCUCCUCCAUCCAAACCGUCAAGCUCUUACGGAGCCCCAGCUAGACCUCCAGCGACGAGCUACGGAGUACCAACUGGACCUUCAACAACAUAUGGCGCACCAAAACCUUCGAAACCCUCGAGCUCAUACGGAGCUCCCUCUAGCUCCUACGGAGCACCCUCACCACCAUCCAGCUCGUACGGCGCCCCAUCUCCUCCUUCAAGUUCAUACGGUGCUCCCUCAUCUGCCCCAUCCAGCUCAUACGGUGCUCCUUCUCCUCCUUCCAGCUCCUACGGCGCGCCUUCUUCCGCCCCCUCCAGCUCAUACGGUGCACCAUCUCCCUCCAGCUCCUACGGUGCCCCAGCGUCACCUCCCUCUAGUUCUUACGGUGCCCCAUCUCCCUCCAGCUCUUACGGUGCCCCUGCGUCUCCUCCAUCCUCAUCUUACGGCGCUCCCGCGGCUGCACCGUCUUCAUCUUACGGAGCUCCUCCAUCCUCGUCCUAUGGCGCUCCAGCAUCUCCUCCCUCAUCUUCUUACGGAGCUCCCUCAUCUGGUGGUAGCAGCGGCGGCUUCAGCAGCAGCGGUUUUGGCAGCAGUGGCUUUGGAAGCAGCGGUUUCGGAGGUAGCAGUUUCGGCUCAAGUGCACCCUCAUCAAGCUAUGGAGCUCCGUCCAGUUCGUACGGCGCACCCGCGGCACCGUCAAGCAGUUAUGGUGCUCCUAGUAGCGGCGGCGGCCACGGCUCAAGCGGCGGGUACUCUUCUGGUGGAUCUGGAGGAUACUCCUCGGGCGGCUCCGGUGGUUACUCAUCAGGAGGAUCUGGUUUCGGCGGUGGCCACUCUAGCGGCGGUUCAGGCGGCCAUGGCGGUAGCUCAGGAGGUUAUUCCUCAGGUGGUGGUGGUGGAUACUCCUCUGGAGGCAGCGGUGGAUACCCGUCAGCUGGAGGCUCCGGUGGAUACUCCUCAGGAGGUGGAUAUUCCUCCGGAGGCUCAUCUGGCUUUGGAGGUGGGCACUCAUCGGGCGGUGGCGGUGUGCCGGCUACCAUCAGCCAGAGCUACGACUCCAACGGUGGCUACGUGUACUAGAGCGCGCAGCCUGCUCCUCGCAUGCAAUAGUCAAUUAUUAAGUUGUCACAAACAUCAGUAUUGAUGACGUUACGAAUGUCACAAAUUAGUUUGUAUGCAAUCGGUAUAUGCUGUAUGUAUUAGGUAUUAGAAAAUGGCGAAUUUGAUGGAAUGUGUGGGACUCUCUGUUGAGGGUGGAAUUGCUAUAAUACUGGACAGGACAGACACUAACUAACUAAUCUCUGGAGUCGAGUAAACAAUACAAGUUAGUAGGAUGGGGCAUAUUCUGUCGAAUCUCAAAAUUGUGAUCUACAAUCGGAGCACGAAGUAUGAAGUCGUGUAGUGGUGCCGCUUACCGAGUAAGCGACGCUUCAAGUAUUAACAUUAACUUAAUUUGUAAUUAAUGUAAUGAAAUUGUACAAAAAUUUAGUUUUAAGCUCUC